AUGCAAUUAGUACUAUUGUGUCUAGUGAUGCUUAUGCUCACUCCAGCCUUUGCAACCACCCCGAAUGAUGCCUAUGGUGGUGAUCCUGGUUGUCCAUUAGGGAGUGGCAUAUACCGCCACACUUGCCAAGAGGCUAAGGCUAUUAUCUUCUAUUGGGUGGAGCAGGCAGUGUCUGAAGACUCGAGAAUGGGUUGUGAUGCUUCAGUCUUGAUGGAUGACACACAGGACUUUGUUGGUGAGAAAACUGUCGGUCCAAAUUUGAAUUCUUUCAGAGGAUUUGAAGUGAUCGCAAAAUCAAAUCUGAGCUGGAACUACUCUAUCCACAGACUGUCUCUUGUGCUGACAUACUGGCAACUGCUGCAAGAGAUUCAGUUCUUCUGUCGAAUUACUAUGUCACAGUCAGGAGGUCCAACUUGGGAGGUGCAAAUGGGAAGGAAAGAUAACAUUACUGCUAGUAAGGAUGCAGCAAAUAAUAACAUCCCAAGUCCAAACUCCAUUGUUGAUGUGCUGGUAACCAAGUUCGAGAAUUUAGGCCUUACACUUAAAGACAUGGUUGCCCUUUCAGGGUCAGAUAAUGGUAACAUAGUUGCACAUCUUGACUUGGCUACACCUGCUACCUUUGAUAACCAAUACUUCGUUAAUCUUCUCUCUGGGGAGGGAUUGCUCCCAUCAGACCAGACUCUUGUGAAUGGAAAUGAUCAGACACGACAAAUUGUGGAAAACUAUGUAGAGAACCCAUUAGCUUUCUUUGAAGACUUCAAGCAUUCAAUGUUGAAAAUGGGAAACUUGGGAUCACCAAGUAAUGGCCAGAUUCGUAGGGACUGCCGAACUGUUAACUAG